AUGAACCAGGGGUCCAGCUCCGCUAUGCUGCGGGAGGAGGAGGAGUAUCUAGGUAGGAGAACAAGGCAAGGCAAGACGCAAGACAUGCGAGCAGACAAGAAGCCAUUCGCCUUGGCCUCGGAGCUUGACUCUGUGAAGCAUCCUGUUGGCAUAGGAGUACUCGAGGACAAAGUAAGAGCAAAGCAAAGCAGCCCACUUCCUGCCCUGUUCCCACCCCACCCCCCUCCUUCUCUCCUUCCCCUUGCUGUUGCUCUCGCUCUUGCUCUUGCUCUUGCUAUUGCUCUUGCUGUUGCUGCUCCUCCUCCCCGCUACCUGCUCCUGCUCCUGCUCGUCCACCACAGGCUGUCAAUUGCUUCCCUGUCACACACCCUCCUUCUCAAUUCCUCGACCUCAUCCUCCCCCUCCUCUUUCCUCCGCCAUGCAAGUCCUCCACCCGAUUGUCUCGACUCGAAUCUUGCCUGGUUCUGCAUCCACGCCCCCUGCCUCGUUUUCAUCCUCCUGCCCUCCUUUUCCCCUUCUUCUUUCAUCCCCUCUUCCCACAGACCCUGGGGUCAACCAAGCCAAUCCAAUCCACUAGACACACUCGAUCCCCCAUCGAGUCAUUGA